GGCACUGUCCAGAUUUUGUCCCAGAUUGGGCAUGACACAGCAGUUUCUGAACAACAGAUGAGAAUUGUUAGAAAGCAGCAGGAGAAGAUCACUCUUUUAGAAAAGCGCUUGCCAGAUUAUCAGGCUGCACAUGAGAAAGCUGUGUAUAAGGUCAUCGCCAUUGUGGCAGACACCAAAAAGGUUGUGAAGCUGAUAAAUGUUGCAGAUCUGGCAGAAAUGAGGGCCUUACAAAAACCAACUCCCGACAUUGAAGAUUUGAUGGCUGCUAUUAUUAUGUUAU